CUUCGACUUGAAGUGCCUGAACCGAUAAGACUUCACACUGCCAGAUGUGAGGUUCGUUAUGCACUUGUAAAAACAUUGAGAUUGUGGAUUUCGCGCCGCCUGGGUCAAGGCAGGCCCUUGAUUCUAUGACAUAAAAGGGCACCACGAGAUGCAAAUUCACCUUCUUCUCACUGGUCUCGCUCGAUCCGCCAUCGCGGCGAGUUCAAAACAUUCUUCCUGUUCCUUCACUUGGAGGUAACAAUGGGGCCUCCUAGGGGUGAUGCCUCAUACAAAAAACAGCAAGGGAUCUUGGCCAUCUCCAAGGACAGGAAGUCUGUCUCAUGGAGUCCGGCUCAACCGCCAGACGCAUCGCCGACCCUGGUUCUGUCGGCCAACAACAUCACCAACCUCCAACAGACACCAGAGUCAAGUGCAAAGGUGAUGUUGAAGAUUUUUGUCCAAGAUCCUGGCCAAUCCGAACCCGUCGCGCACACCUUCACCUUCACGUCCAAAACUGAUGCGAGGAACGAAGCCAACGGAAUCAAGGAUGCUCUUACCAACGUCAUCCAAGCACAAAAGGCAGCUCAAAAUGCCGCGACUCCCUCUUCUGGAGGCCAAUCGGCCGCAAUGGCGAUGGCAAGCGCCAUUUCCGGAGGAGGCAAAGCAGGCAAUCUCUGGGAAGACGAUGAACGGUUGAAAGCCGAUGUCCGGCUUCAACAGUCUCUAAUGCAGGAAAAUGCCGAGCUCCAAAGGACGUUUAUGGAAUCUCUCAGCCUCAAACCCGAGACCAUUUCCAAUACUCAAUUCACCGCACAAUUCUGGUCAUCACGAGUUCAUUUGUUACGAGCUCAUGCUAUCGCUCAAAGUCAGGGCAAAGGCAAGUAUAAUGUCUUUUCGGAGCUACGACGAGAGGACGGAGGCACCAAAAUGAGUCUGACUCAAGACCAUGUACGCGCCAUCUUUGAACAGUACCCUGUCAUGCGCAUCGUCUAUGAUGAGGUUGUUCCCCAAAAGUGCAAAUCCGAGGUCGAAUUCUGGUCACGGUUUUUUCAAAGUCAACUGUUCAUGAAACUGCGUGGCCUAAAGUUCGAUCCAGCCCGGGAGUCAAGAGAUCGAUAUCUAGAUACUGAAGAAUUUCUCAACCAUCCCGAUCUCACUGGUCUGCGCGCUACAUCAAGUGACCUCCACAUUGCCAAGUUCAUUGACUUGGAAGGUAAUGAAGAACAUCACAGCCAACGACGAGGUAACCGUCCCGACAGCGAACUCCGGGCUUCAGCGUUGGACAAAGCUCCUAUUAUACGCAGACUCAACGCACUAUCAGAGAAACUCAUGGCUACAGUUCGACCGUCGGAUGUUGAUGCAUCUGCACCCAUUGGCAUGGGCGAGGCCGAGUAUGAAAGUCUACGCCUUCGAGAUCUGGAAGGAGAUGCUGAGCAAGAGCGCAUUAUAUUAAACAUCCAAGACCAGAGCCGAUUCUUCGCAGACAAUCGUUCGUCAGACGGAACUGGCACAGGCCUAGACACCAACCCCUUCCGAAACCUCGAGCCAGCCAAGGCAGUACGAGAUGUCAACCGCGACUUUUCAUCCCACUUCUCACAACCCGGCGUUGAUGCUAUUCCCAUAGAAGCUUAUGAAUCCGAGGAUGUUGAAAUGGAGGAUGGAGAUGAUACAACAAAUAAACCAGAAUCAGGCUCCGUCAUCGCCAUGACGCAUAUUCUCUCACUAAUCCAAGCCCAUCGAGACCAAACGUCCGAGAUCGCCGAAUCAUCGGGCCUAAGUUCCAUGGUCUAUGAACGGCUAACCCUCACACAAGCUACGACCAUUGAAUUUCUGCGCCAGUUCUGGAAUGCCUUUCUCUCCGGCGACCCUGCACGAGCAGCCGAAGUGGCGUCAUUGGUUGAGAGUCUGAAUCGAGCUCUCGAUCGUAUCAAUGUUAUUGCACAGGAUGCGGAAAGAGAAAAACAAGACCAUGUGCGAGCUCAAGAAAGAGCAGUGGAAGAAAGGUUCAGGAAAACAGGCCGGAGACCAAAGAUCGAUCAUGGCGCAAUGAAAGGUGGUGGCAAGGUGGUCAGGCAGUUGCUGGGUCCUGUCAUCAAGAGUGUGGCCAAUGCCGUGCAGAGAUAUAGGCAGGCAUUUGAGGAACAAACGGCCAACACUGCGUCGUGACGAAGCAGGCCAUGUAUCGCCAAUUCAUUUGCGAAGGAACCAGCCACCAAGGUCACUAGAUCCGGUUUGUCACCGCGCAGAGAUAUUCCAACACAAUUGGCAUAAGAAGUAUGAGCAGACACGCUCAGAGAUAUUGAUAUCUAUCUAGAGGAUAGCAAGGCCAGCACCCUAGAGCAUAGGUUUA